GCAGACGCGCAUAAAAGCGGACAACGUGCGCUCCGCGCGUCAUUUUGCCGCCCGUUGGUGUCCUAAGUGCGUGAAGCCAGCGGUCGCUUCGUGCUGCAACAAGUGCGCCAAAGUGACUGAUUGCUCGCGCUUGGCGCUCAACCCCUUCGGCACAAAGCUUCAGUUCGCAACGGAUUCAGAAGUGUUGCAGCCCAUCCUAGCUGGCGACCCAAACACUACAAUGCUCAGUUCUUGGUCUGUGACUGGGAUGGCUAAGAACCACCACUGCAUCAGUGUCGUCUACAGGGAUACCACGCAGGCCGACUACGACGCCUCGGGCGAUGCCAUCAACCGCUCAUCAUCCAGGCACGCCAGCACAGGCAGCAAUCAUCUUGACACAGGUGAUGCCUCGUUUUUCUUCGAUGACCUAGCAAAGCCAUAUGUGGAGAGCAGCAACCUCAAGGAGUCUGCUCAGCCACCCUUUGUACCCCUGGAUGACGCAUUUCUAUUCGAUCUUUCUCACUUCGAAACCUUGCCGGUAGACCUGAACUCCCCGACGCGGAUGUACAACGGUCUGGCUCAGGACAAAGUGCUCACGUCCCUUGACAAGCCCACCGCUGAGACUGGCCUUCCGGGCCAAGCGUUCUCCCCAGCCUCAAUCGAAAUGUGGGAGCAGAACGAGACCUUCCAGGACCUGUCGGAACUGAUACAGGAGGGAAAGGCCCCAGCUGUUCUGCCACCUGCAUCAAGCCAGUCCUGCUACACCCUGCCAUCAUCUGUCCCGAGCCACCAAAUUUCGAGCACCAGCAGUGGCACGGUGUCGGCUGCUCCUUCCAGGAGCUGCAACAGCAGUCCCAGUACAACGAGCCAGACAACAUGGCAGCUUCAGCCGCCACCAGCAUCAACGGCUACCACCACCACAGCAGUGUCCGUAAAGCGACCGCUUAGUCCAGUCAGUGAGCCGGGCCCUUCUCAUGCGAGUGGGCGCUGCUCUCCCAAGCUGCAGAAACUUGAGGAGCCGCCGCGAUACACUGACAUGCGGGUCAAGAACAACAUUGCAUCCCGGCGGUCGCGGAUGACUCGCAAGGAGAAGGAGCUCGAGAUGGAGAAGCGGGCAUCCGAGCUUGAGCAGGAGAACGAGCUCCUGAGGAUCAAGGUCAAGAAUCUGGAAGAGCUGACAGACAGGCUCAAAAAGCACCUCAUCAGCUCCAUUGUCAAGAAAUGAGUGCUGGACACUCGUUUGUUCACUUCUCCAUAUCGUGCUUGUCCACGUGGACUGCUGGACAAGUCGCAUUGUGUUCUUUGCGUCCUUUCGUAGGCGGCAUAUGUUUUUUUUUUUCUUUUUGUCUGCCGCCAUCUUAAGCUCAUGCCAUCCCUGCUGUCAUUUUCAUCUCUAACUGCCCCAAAAAUGUUGAACUGGGUGUACUUCAGCCAAUACCAAUGUGGCGGUCUUCUAGGGGAGUAAUAUGUCAGUGUUAAUCAAACUUCUCGCAUAGUUCAUUGACUCUCAAGUUUCGAUGUGGGUUCGACACCUCGUUGUAGAGGCCACAUUUCAAUAGUGGCAUAAGUUAAGCCUGCGUACUUAGAUGCAUGUUAUUGAAUCCUGUGAGAAUCCGGUAAAGACCAGUGAGGAAUCCCAAGUUCCACUAUACAUGUGCCUUACAAUGAUAAUAACAAAAAGGGAGGAAUGUCUGUUGGACACAACUAUGCAAGAUUAACAGUUUGUGGCACGUAGAACCCCAGAACUAAAUUUGUUUAUCUUUACCACAUCCUGAUUUUCAAAUUGUAAAAGUCACUGCAAAACAUGCAUUGAAUAAUAUAUUCUGUAGUGCCAAAAAUCUUUGUGUAUCUUGCAUGUCAUGAGAGUAUUGGUGCAGAAUGUUUGAAUGCAAUGAACCAUUGUUUCCAUUGCCAUCACAUUAAGGAGAAAAAGCUGCCAAUUGUGCCUACUGCUUUUCUGGUUCUUACUUUCUGCCCCCCUCCACCCCCUUCAAUAUUUAAUGGCUCAUGAAGUGCAGCUCUCUGCAUUCUUCAUCUAUUCCCAGUGCACAUGGUUUGUACAUAUCUCAUUGCCAAAGUUUGAGUUGGGUGUGUGUCUGUGUGUGUGUAGUACAGACUGCUGGGCAGCUGUGUGUGAUUUAAAAG